AGUACAACAGAAUGCAUUUGGUUGCGUUUUGGUUAUCACUCUGCAUUACUGCGCGCUCUGGAAAGAAACUGAAGUGCAUCAAGAGGAAAUUGAGUUAAGACUUAAAGCCUGAAUUCCUGCCAAGUCAGUCAGUGCUUUCUAUCUUCGGUCAAGGUCCUUUCACAUGUUAACGUGCAAAGCCUCGGGAACAUGAGGUGGGAUACAGAAGCCGAACAAUCGUAUGGACUAAACGAAAUGGCGCAAUAUGAACUGCAGAGCGCGUGAGGGGGCGUGAGGAUGUGUUGGGAAAAACUACACGCUCCUUGGGGGAUGGCUGUCCUAUAUAAUGUAGUGCAUUCCAUUAAUUGAAAAAGAUCAGCCGUGUUUUUACGGGAAAAGUGAAUUAGUCAAGACUCUUCUACCAUUCCCCACCCAAACCCCCUCUCUGUCUCUCCCCCCACCCCUCUCACGCGCACAAACGAUCACGCACCGCCACGAGAAUGAGAAGAAACGCUCCUGGCUGCUGUGGAUCAAAUAGGACGAUUUAAAACUGUGAUGGCAGAUUCUGCUUAUAAACCCAAAUGGAUAUUAAGAAAGAAGGAUCUGGUCGUAUGGUGGCUUGAAGAAGCCUACUUUAUCAACAAAAACCUACAAUGUGUGGCAAGCCAUUUUAACACUUAUUCCUUAAAACUGGUAUCUUUUUGUGAUUCCUAUUUCAGCUAUUUACUUUCCUAAUAUAAACUCCAGUUAUUGCUGAUAGCCUACCUAUUCCAGUUUGAGUAAUAUUUAUUUAUUAUUUAUUUAUUCUUCAUUUCCAUGCAACUAAAUAGUUGACGCAAAUUUACGAGACACUUAUUUGAAUUGUUAUUAAUAAGAUUUUUAAUCUUGUAAGAUUUAUCGAACUAAACUAUAUCCAUAAAUAUUUUGUUAUAGAUAGGCUUAAUUGUGUGUAUAUGUAUUAUGGUUUCCAUAGAAAUAUUUCCUGCACCACUGUUUUCAACAUUGAUAGUAAAAAGAAAUGUUUCUUGAGCACCAAAUCAGCAUAUUAGAAUGAUUUCUGAAGGAUCAUGUGACAGUGAAGACUGGAGUAAUGAUGCUGAAAAUGUAGCUUUAUACCAUCAUAAGAAUUAGCCUACAUUUUAAAAUAGGCCUAUAUUAAAAUAAAAAAUAAAAAAAACAUUUUUUUUUAAAUUGUAAUAAUAUUUUACAACAUGUGUUUUGAUUAAAUAAGUGUAGCCUUGGUGAACAUAAGAGAAUUAUUUCAAAAAUAUUAAAAAAUCUUACCAACCCCAAACUUGUGUGUGUGCGUGCGUGCGUGUGUGUGCGUAAAAUUUAUUUUAAAUAAGUAGCUACUAGUUUCUUUAAGGAAUAAGUAUUAAAGUGGCUUGCCACAUACAGUGUGGCGAUCGUAGCAGAUAUGUAAAGCCGACUACACAUUUCUUCAAAUAAAGCCUUGACGACGAAUCUCAGGUCUUCUAGAUGUCAACUGUUAGACAGAUAUAUCAGAGAACUAGCUGACACUGGCAUUGCUCUUUUUCGCGAGACAUUACCAGCGACGUCGGAGCGCAAAGGCAGUAGCAUCAGUAAUCAGACUAGGACGCUCUCCUCAGCUCCCUCCCAACCGCACAGCUGAGGCGGAUUCAACUGCAGCACUGGGGGAACGUAUCGCUGGAUGUGGGUGAAGACUGUGUGAAUGCGCGUGUAGGCUCAUACGCUGGGAUAGCGAGAUCUGGUCAUCCUAACCCUAUGCGCCUUAAGAACACUUCCCAAUCUGGCGGGUUCAGGAAUGAGGCAGGUGUAGCGGCGAGGGCGCAUCCAUGAGCGUCUUCUCCCGGGACGGCAUGUUUUUAGUUUAACCGGAUUUGUUGAACAGACUGGGGAAGAGGAAAGGCGAGUUCGGAAGUUUUGAUGCAUAUGAUCACAACCACCAUGAUUUUUAUGAUCCUCGGUGCUUCAGUUGUCAUGGCGAUAGCGUGUUUAAUGGACAUGAACGCACUCCUGGACCGCUUUCACAACUACAUCUUACCGCAUUUACGAGGGGAAGACCGCGUCUGUCAUUGCAACUGUGGAAGGCAUCAUGUUCACUACGUAAUUCCAUAUGAUGGAGACCAUUCGCUCGUGGACUCGUCUGAGAAUUACUUUGUGAGUGACAGUGUGACCAAACAGGAGAUGGACCUCAUGCUGGGGCUGUUGCUGGGCUUCUGUAUCAGCUGGCUGUUGUUGUGGCUGGAUGGAGCUUUGCACUGUGCUGUGAGGGCCUGGAGAGCCAGUCGCUAUUAUGAUACCCCUUCCUGGUCGUGGUUGCCACAGUUCUGCAACCUUCGGGACCUCCGUAGACGCGCACAGCUUCGGCAACUGGAGGAUUCCAGCGGAAACAUGGUGCACAUCAAGCAGAAGCUCUAUCACAAUGGUCAUCCCAGCCCCCGCCACCUCUGACUUUAACAGCAGUUUCCCCAAAACUGCUCCAUUACCAGCUGCUGCCUCAGAGACCCACUUUAAUUGUUCCACUACAUCUUUUAGACCUUCAAGAACCACUCAAGUAUUUGCCAAAAGAAGAAAGAAGAUUAUUGUUGACAAUAUGCUGAUCUGUGUCCACGUUCGCCACGUUUGGCGAAUGGUUUAGAAAGGUUUUUUCUGUACAGGCAUUUUAUUUCCAAUUGCUGAUUCUAGGCAUGCACUUUUAGAAUGGGGGAGGAUGCAAGAAAUGGUUUUAUGAGACAUUGGGAGUCAAUUCAUGUUUAUUCCUUGCUUUUUUCCCCCCACCUUUUUUAGCUUUUUCAUCAGGAUACAACUUUUUGGGAGGGGGGUGAUAAGCGGGUGGGGUGGGAGGGCGGAGGUCAUGGUUUUGUGAUGGUAUAGUUAGAGAUUAAUGAUCAUGUAAAUAGUUAUACAUAUUGUUUUAUGGGAUUUAAAUGAACACGGGAGUAAGAGGUAACUGUAUAAAAAGAGAGAAAAAACAUAAAGAGGAAAGAAUUUUGAAUGCAGAUGUGAUAUGUGAACUUUUUGGAUGGAUGAAAAAGAGAUCACUCUAAAAAAAAUGAUCGAUUAGCUUUGUUACUACGUGAAAUUAAUGAAUGUAUUAAUUUUAUCUGUAAAUAAAGGAGAGUGCAGGAAGGUUGAAAUGAGCGGUCAGGGCUCUUUUUGCUGUUUUGAACGUCAUCUGUCAUAUGUGAGAGAGCCGCUAGAACUUGCCUUGUCUUCCCUACACUGUGUCCAAUAGCCCUUCCAGGUCUACGUUUAAACUACUCCAUACUCAAACAAGAACAACCAGCCUGCCAGCACAGAGAGCCCUGACCCAAUUUUCUCUUCCUCUUUAUGUCCAGACAUUGCUGUUGUGAAGAUAAAAUGUCUGUUUUAUUAAAAGUGCCAUUGAAGCACAACAGUGA